CCACCGCACAGCUAGAGAGAAAGGCCGAGCCGUGAGUUUGGCCCGCGCCUGGUGGGGGAGGUUAUAAGAGCGGCUGCAACCCGGCGCCCACUUUCAGUCUUUCGUCGAUCGCCACCGUAAGAGGACGCCGCGAGAAAUGAACAAGGCCGUGUUGGCGCUGUUGCUGGUGCUGUCGGCGGCGGCGCUGUCGUCGGCCGCCCCCGACUCGGCGGCGGAGGAGUACGAGUACGAGGACGAGGAGGAGGCGGCGCCGGCGCCGCCCCCGCCGCCCCCGUCGCCGGCCAGGGGCGGCUCGCGGCUCAACGCGCUGCUCGGCUCGAGGGGCGCCGCGGGGGGCAGGCCCGCCUCCCCGCUGAGCAGGGGGGCCAAGCCCGCCGCCCCCGCCAAGGCCGCCGAGCCCGCGCCGCCUCCGCCGCCCCCGCAGCCGGAGCCGGCGGAGGCUGAGGAGGGCAGCGAGGAGGAGGGAGCGGAGGAGGACCAGCAGGCGGCCACCACCACCACCGAGCCUCCCAAGAAGGGCCUGGUGCGCGGCGGCGUGCGGCCCUUCCGCAGCAACGACGACCUGCUGGCAGCACUCAAGCGCAGGAGGCAGCAGCAGGUAUCCUUGGGUGGCCACCACGGCGGGUCGGCGGGCCGCAGCACGACCACCACCACGGAGGCGUCGGCGGAGGUGACGGCGAGCAAGAGCCGCAGCACGCAGGCCUCCGGCGGCGGCAGCCGGCGGGGGCGGUUCAACGGGGGCGGGGCGCGCGCCGCCGCCGGCUCCAGCAGCGACGCCGCCGUCGUGCAGCCGCCGCCCUCCGCCUCCGGGGGCGGCAGGAGCCGCUUCUCCGGCCGGCGCGGCGCAGCCUCCUCCGCCGCCGCUGACCUGGACGCCUCCGAGCAGCAGGCGGACGAGCAGCCCGCCCCCGCCAGGUCCGGCAAGGCGUUCCGCGGCCGCCGCCAGUGAGAGCCCGGCCGCCGCUCGCCCACGCCCACGACGGUAUUUAUUUCUGCUCCCAAAGACAGCCGACCCACAACCCGCUGCCCUCUAGCGACCCGGAGCCCCCGGAGGAGGCUGGCCGGCACGCGGAGUACCCCGACCUCUGGCCGGGAGCCCGCGCGCCGGCCGCCCCUCCGCCACCACCUCACAGCGACCACUGAGUGACGUACCCAGACUGGCAGCAGUGCCGCUAACCCUACUGAGGGUAGUUCCCCAAACCGCCGCUAGGCAGCGCUAGGAAGUCACCAGCAAUAUUCGCCCGUUACCGAACUACAGACAGCUUUGAAUGCCAACCCCUAACCUGUGGGGUCCCUUUCCAGUUGGUAGUCCUUAGAGUGCCUCUAGGGUAACACUAAAUAAUCUUUCCCAAGUCGAGCCAGCUUGCUAGAAGCUGACACAUUUGUACUUCCCCAACACACCACCAGACCUCGCUAGGAAGACAUCAACAUUACUCGUCCCACAGUGGGCCCACCAUCAGUUCCUCAUCCUCCCUCCUUCCUCCACCCUCCCUGCCGUUCUUCACUUGCAUAUACUUCUCCAAAAUCCUAGUAGACAGAGCUAAAUAGGUACCAGACGUCCUCUACACUCAAGAAUAAAUGUUGACAACCGACCCAAUGUACGUCCCUCCAGUUGGCAGUUCCUCAAAGUCAUGCUAGGACAACAUUAAGCCAUUUCCCCAAGCCUAGCCACCUUGCAACAUGUAUCCACACACCACUGCGUCACUCCUGUGUUAACAGUUCCCAAAAACACCAAAAAUCCACUCUAAAAAUCCACUGCCCGCUAGCCAAAAUCGACCAACUUCGACAACCCAUCCCCCUUGCCAUUAAAAACCUUUCAUGUCCUCAGUUCUAAAUUACAGCAGAUGGCUCUAAAAACACAUCAGACAGUUUCUAAACCCAAGCAAAAAUAUCCAUCCCCAUCACACUAUAUCUUCUUCCAGUUGGUAGUACCUCAACAGAUCGCUACAAAAACAAAGCCACCCAUUCCCAAGUCAUUCCAGUAGACACGCACUCCCACACUUGUAGUUUACCAAAGUACCAAUAGGCUCCCUAAAAAGCAUCACGAAAACUCAACUAUUACUUUGCAAAUGCAUUCCUCCCCCGUUGGUAGCUCUUUGUUCUUCAGAUUCCACUAGGGAAAUAACAGCAUUUGCCCUGCACUGAUGAAAGAGAGCAAUCCAUCAAACGUAAUUUCAUUAACAUUGUAACUAGAUCUCCAAGACGGCACUAUUUUGUGCUGUUUAUAUGUUACAAUCUUCACAUCAUGUAUCGCUACUAUGAGCCACUCACUUUCCACUCUGCUACACGCCACAUGGAUCAACAAAACCUCAGUAGGUUGUGCUAGGAAAACAACAUUCUCUUUUCACGAGUGAAGUACAACCAACUUUCAUUAAAUAUUCCCUUCACACUGAAUGAGAUCUCAUUCCACUAGGAAGACGCCAGAGGUGUCCCUCUCCAACGAGUUCUGAACAGCCAUUCCUUUACCACUGCACUUCACCCCUGAAGAUCCUUAGGAAGGCACUAGCAUUUUAUCUUUACUUUCAACAGCUAUCCCCUCAUUUCUGUACCAUCUGCCUGUCACUUUCUCAAAAUGUCAGUAGAUGAUGCCAAGCUCUAUUCAAUAUACAGAUCCACCUUCACUGGGGAAGAAACAAUGGUGAUUCAUCCAAAGACACCACAACUGCCAUCCUAGUAGACAUCGGACAGCUCUCCCUUCAAAUGAACUCAGACAUCCUGUGUCUCAAAUAGCCAACAGAGCAGGGUAACCAAAGUUGACUCUGAGGAUGAAAUAUAUCUGAUUUACUUGUCUGCCGUCUUAUAGUCUUGUGCUGCAAGUUUAGGAGCCUUAGUCUGAUCCUUGCUACAGGAGAUCUCUGUGCCUUAAUCAUAGUUGGAUGAUCAUCUAUUCAGAAAACCCUACGAUGUCCAAAAAAUUCUGGUGCCAAAAAGAUCACAUCUUGAAAAUGCUACCAACAUACUUGCUGCAUAUUCUUAGCUACACUGGCUCAGCAACUAAGUGAGAUUCACAUCAAUACACCUCAUAAGGGGACAUAUUUCUCAACCCUGGUUAUUCGUUCUGUGAACCUACCAACAAGUUCCCGCCUUCCAUUGGGGAUGUCAAAGGGUAUUUUUGCGGUGUCGUGGUGCAUUCUAGUAGAGUAAGAAUACAAUAAAAAUUUCCAUUUAGCAAUGUUUCAGUUGAGUGUGAUGGUGUUGACGACAGUUGGUGGCACCUGGUGAAAUGACGGUGACUCCAUUUUUGUGAACACCAAAGUUGUUGCUACUGUGCAUUCUCCUCCCCCCGUCCCCUCCCCCCCUCAGAGUUCUGGGUACGUCACUGUGUGCAGAGACUGAACGCCACCGAGCAACCCUUCUCCAGGGCAGUUCGCGGGAGUACGCGCUAGUGCCGAACUUACGGAUCCACCUGGACUGGGCUCCACUCUCGGAAAAGUGCAAUAAAACCACAAACAGCAGCAGAUCCUACUGCAAUGGACAGUACGAACUCUCUCAUAUCUACCAGUACAAUAAACUUUCAUCAUUAACUGGAUGGCAGGAAAUGAAUCUUAUGUGUAUAGUUAGUUGCAAAUAAGGCUGACGGCAGGUUACGGCCACCUCGGAACAGUCACUUGCCACUUAAACUUACAGUCAUGUUCAAGUUUGUUCUGUAAUUCCACUACAGCCUGUUCUGUCAAUAAAGUAACUUGUAUAAACCUCUGGAAAA